UCUGGCGACUAGGGGGCUGAGAUUAUUGCACUUUCAUCUUCUCAGGGCAGGCGGAGCCCUGAGCCUCCCUUCCUAACUGUUAGAAGAAACCUCGCGGGCCCAGCCCAGCCCAGCCCAGCCCCUGCUUAGAUCUAGGCGGUCCAGCUGGGAACAGCGGCCAGGUCUUUUGGUAAGGUUUGUGAUCUGUGAAUAUGCCUGUUAACAAGGCAUCCACGAGCAAUGAAUUGCAAAUAACAUCUCCAUCUUACCGCAAACAAGCCUUAAAAUUAAAUUUUCAAAAUUUAAAUAGAAAAAAGACUCAAGCACCAAGGCCAUCAUUUUCAAUCACAAAUGAAUUCAUCUUGAAAUUCAAUCAAACAAAAAAUUCCACGGAGAACAAAGAAUUGUUAGAAGUAGCUAGAAAAAACAUUCUAAAAUGUAAGAGAAAACUGGGUCUCAAAACCUUGGGCUCCGGGCCGCACGUCUACCUUCCUGCUGCGUGGACGGAGGUGAUUUACCUGGCUCAGUGCAAAGGAGAAAUCCAAGAUGAAGCCUUAAAUAUGCUUUAUGCUUCCCUGGACCACGCUUGCUUUGAUUAUGAUCAUCUGCCUGCCUUGUUUUUUGUUGCGGAAUCCAUUUUACAUAAACUGUGCUGCGAUGCAUCCCUGAAGACGUACUUAUAUUCAGUGGAAAUAAAGCUGGCAAAGAUUGGCUAUUUGGUUUUCUUACGACUUUUUAUAUUUUUCCUGCAUGGUUACCUAGAAAAUUUUAAACAACAUUUACUUAGGCUUCAACCAUAUUUAUGCGCACUUUCUUUCUGCGAAGAAUCAUAUCACAAGUAUCCAAACAUCUUUUCAAAUGUGCAAUUCAUCCUGAAAACCUCAGAAAUUAUAUGUAAAAGAGAAGUGCCUUCUGAAUCAAUCUUUGGCCCUGUGGAGAGAUAUGAGAACACAGAUUCCAAUAAGAAACAUUUGCAACCUAAUCGAGGAUAUCAAGUUAGCCACCUGCUCUGGCACUGUGUUUCUGCGUGGUCUUGUGUUCAGAGUAACAGUCCUCGGCUCAAUAAAGUGCUUAAACAUCUCCUCUUUCACAAAACACAGCUUCGAAAGAAUUGCUGGUUGGAUUCAGGGCUGGCUCUGUUGAUCCUUGGGGAGGCUGCCAAAUUAAACAUGGCCUGCUUGAAAGCUUUAAUGGACAUAGUGAGAGAUUUUCUUUCAAGAAUUAUGUCUGUUCAGAAUCAGGAAAAAAGCUGCAAGGUGGAUGAUUUUUCCUGGGCCUGGAAUAUAGUGUACCUAUACACGACGAUUCUUGCAGAAAUCUGCUUGUUUGCAGCAACUUCUGAUUUGCGAAAAACUGCUUUUGUUGGUUUCUGUAAAUGUCAAAGUUCACAAAAAAAUAUUUUACUCAUGGAAAAAUCAGAAAAACAGCCAGAAUUAUGUGAAACAAGUAUUUUAGGACUUUUGGAAUAUUUCUCUUCAACAAUAUCAGAUAAUUGUGAUCAAGUGGUCUGGAUUGGAUACUAUGGCCUAGUGUAUAACCUGGUGAAAAUGUCAUGGGAACUUCAUAGAGAUGAGGGACAGGAUGGAUUUAAAAACAUAACGUGGCAGACACUGCAGAAAAUAAAAGAUAAUGAGAAAGAUACACGAAUCCAAAGUGCAAUUCAUAUAGCUCAGGCUGAGUUAAAUGAUCCUACUGAUCCUUUCAGUAGGUAUAGUACAAAAGUUUCAUCAAAUGUACAGGAAGAAGUUUUCACCAAAUAUAUUGGAUGGAGAAUUGCCAAUGCAUUUUCCAAACUAUUCUUUGACUCCACCGAUGUCCGGGUCCCUCCUUUGAAAAAGUCAUCUAUAAAACAGGAUCAAAUGGAAGAUCUGACUAAAAAAACAGAGUCCAUGAAAAAGAGAGUUCUGCGUUUCACUGUAAGAGCUAUCUGUGCUGAUGGUUACAGAUCCAGGUCUUGCAUUUUAACUGCUGUCAAGUGUUCAAGUGUGUGGCUAAAACUCGGAUCACCUGUUCAGCUACAAAUGGGCAAUUGGGUAAUUCCAACUUACCAGUGUUACAAUGACUAUUCUAUCUGGCUCAUAAUUCUUCGGGAACAUGGGUAAGAGCUUCCCAGGGAGAUGGACCUAGGAGGACGAAUUGUUGAGUCACAGAAUGUGUGUUCAGCUUCACGAGCUAUUGCCAAAUUUUUCUUAAAAAUGAUUGUAUAAUUUGUAGAGCAAUGUGUAGAAGAUUCCUGCUAAUCCUAAUUUUUGCCAAAAUCUAAGAUUUAAAUUACAUGACUAGAUGUGAAACGGUGUCCCAGUGUUGCUGUGAUUUGCGUCACUUACCACUCCUGUGAUUGUGAAUCUCUAAUGAGGAUAACUGGCUAUUUUGAUACCCUCUGUAGUGAGUACUUAGCUAUAUCCUGUGCCAUUUUUCUACUGUGUUAUUUGACUUUUUUCUCGUUAAUUUUAUUUCUUAACUUAAAAUUUAAAUAUUUCUGCAAUUUUUACUCAAAGUGUAA